CGUUUUUAAUAAAACAAACACCUUACGUAAAAGACUUGGUACUAACAGAUGAUACAGUUACUGGCCACCAUCUCACAAUUUCUCCGAAAAGCCACACUGCCACUGACCAAAGCAACCAACCACCAUUUACAAGCAUGUCUGCUUCAAUCAGCCAUCUUCAUCUCUUCAUCAGUUUCAUAAGAUCUAAUAACAACCACAAAAAUUCUUUUCAAAAAUAUACAUGUUAAAAAGACACCCUACGUGCUCUUUCUCUAACCAUCCAUGCAUCAAACUCCCUUAAAGAACUUCAUCUCUCUCUCUGAGAUACAGAGAAAGAGAUAGCAUCUAAAUGACUUGAAGAACAGAGAUAAGCAUGGCAAAUGUAAAAGAAGUAAUGGAGAGCUGCAAGCCAUACUUGAUAAUGACUUUCACUUUACUGCUGCUUGCUAUUUACAUGGCCCUCCUCCAAGUUGUGCUUGAUCCUUCUCGCGGCAUUGACGCAAUCGUCCUCUUUGUCUAUGAGAGCACCGUCUCCGCCGUUGUCCUUAGCUCUCUGGCCUUUAUAGUUGAGAGAGGAAGAAGGCCAAAACUCUCCUUCACUGUUGUUCUAUGGGCACUGCUUAUUGGUUGUUUGCAGGUGCCAUUAGGACAGUUGAUGAUGAUGGCGAGCUUGAGAUAUGUAACGGCAAAGUUCCAGAGUGUGGCUUUGAACACAACUCCGGUGGUGGUGUUUGUAGUGGCAGUGGUGUGCCGACGGGAGAACUUCAGGUCUCUAAGUGUUAAUGGCCAGGCAAAGCUAUGGGGAGUGCUCAUUUCUGCCACCGGUGCCCUUGUCAUGGUGAUUGCGUCUAGUAAGGAGAGCGAGAGCUCAGCAGAGUCAAAUGGUUCAUUGUCGGAAAACGGGCUUUGGAUUUUGGGGUGCUUGAUGAAUGGUCUUGCUGUUCUUGCCACAACCAGUGGAACUUUUUUGGUGGAGAAGGUAUCUAUGACAUACCCAGCAAUUCUUACCUUGACAGCGAUGAUCAAUGUCUUUGGUACUGCCCUGACCGCAAUUGCAGCAGUCUUCAUGGAAAGAAAACCUUCUACAUGGAAAAUUACUUGGAGUCCAAACCUACAACUCAUCACCAUUUUCUAUGGGGGAAUUGCUGUCACUGGAGGAACAUUCUGGGCUAAUAUUUGGUGUGUACACAAGAAAGGCCCGGUUUUCACAAUGGCCUUCUCUCCGUUGCUUAUUGUCUUCUCAUUUCUACUGGAAGCAAUCAUCACAGGAAGCAUAUUUCAUCUCGGGAGCAAUCUUACUGGGGCAUUGCUUGUGGUUGGGGGAUUAUAUCUGUUAUUGUGGGCGAAAUCCAAAGACGAAAAGAAGUUCAGGAGCAUCACCAGAGAACAAGGUGCUCUACAAGACAAAUCAAACAUAGAACCUUUGUUGCCAAACUGAGCUUGGGGUUUAAAGUCUUAUGUGCAGUAAUAAAUACUAUAACGAGUGUGGUAUCGCCUAAGAAACAUAUCCAUAAGUGUGCUAAAGAGUAUCCAAUGCAAUAAAUUAAGAAUUCCAAUCAA